UCAUGCAGACACCACUGUCAGCACAUACACUUUCAGCAUGAACCACUCAGCUGAGCUGUCUCCUUCAGAGGAAAUGGCCCCUGAAGAGUUUGACGGUGGGAUAGCAGCGGCUUGUGUCAUCCUCAGUCUGUCCUUCCUGGUUGGAGUUCCAGGGAACCUUCUGGUGAUCUGGACCAUCCUGAGACACGUCAAGCGUCACUCCCACACUCUGGUGCUCAUCCUGCACCUGGCUGCUGCUGACCUGCUGGUCCUCAUCACCCUGCCUCUUUGGAUCUACUCCCUCGCCCACUCCUGGGUGUUUGGAGAAGCCUCCUGCAAAGCCAUAGUGUACAUCAUCACUGUGUGCAUGUUCAGCAGCAUCUUCUUCAUCACCCUCAUGAGUGUGGAACGCUUUCUAGCUCUCUGCCAUCCAUUUUUAAUGAUGUGCUGGAAGAUUAAGCAUGCGAUGAACUGGUGUCCUGUAUUUUUGUGGCUCCUUGCUUUCAUUCUAGGAGUACCUGUCUUACUCACCCAGUCUUUGGAUAAAAAUGAUGGAAGUGAGCAGUGCUUUAGUAGGGAAUUCAGCUCUGUGACUCAAGAGAUCAUCAUCUUGUGCCUGGAGACCUUAGGGGGCUUUGUUUUUCCUUUCAUCAUCAUAACUAUCUGUUACUGUCUAGUGACAGCCCAACUCAGGAGAAUGACUUACAACACCAAGCAGAGAUCCCUGGUUCUCGUACACACGGUGGUUAUAGCCUUCAGUCUGUGCUGGUUUCCUUACCACAUCAUUAACAUCAUGGAUCUGGUUUGCAUCUUAAAGUCAGGCAGUCAGCAUGAUUGUGUGCCAGAUAGUUUUGUUCUGUGCUCCGGUGCUCUUGUGUUCAUCAACAGUUCAUUGAAUCCUGUGCUCUACUUCUUCCUUUCGAGGAACUUUCAAGGGAAUUCCCGACUGGUCAGGCUGUUCCAGGAAAUGGCCACUCAUGCCCACAAACUCAUGGAGCUGGUAGUACAGCAGCAGACAAGCCAGAUGGCAGCAAAUACACAGGUAGAGCUAAUGUCUGACCAGUGUGAGAAAAACUGAAUCCCUGAAACUGACAUGCCUGGAAAAUGUGAACUUUGUCUUCUGCA